UAACGAUUGCGUUUGCUUCCUCAAAAUCUUAAGCCAAACUUUUUAAGCCAACAGUCAACAGAAUCUAUUCAUUGCCCUUUUCUAAUGCGAAUGCGAGCUUGUUGAGCAACGCUAGUCCGAAUCAAGUUUCCUGGAUAUCCACAGCGCGGCACAAAGGGUAUCGCAUUUAGAUACAAUUUUGGAAACAUUAUGCACGCUUUACAUCAAGAAAUUCUCGCUCCAUCUGGAGUGGAAUUUGCAGCCUGGGUCAAGCUCACUGUAAAUGAAGGCGUACAAUCAAAUUUGGUUGUUGCUCGCUCGAAUCUCCUGCGAAUAUUCGAGGUCCGAGAGGAAAAGUUCUUCCAUGUACGAACUCACCGCCUGCAUGGGAUUGUUACCGGUCUCGAGGGCGUGAAGGUGCUUGGAAGCUUGGAAGAUGGACGAGACAGGCUUUUAGUAGGAUUUAAGGAUGCCAAGAUUGCUUUACUGGAAUGGUCCGACGCUCUACACGAUUUCACAACGGUUUCCAUACACACGUAUGAGCGAGCACCGCAAUGCUUAGACAUCAGACCAACCUUCCGCUCUCUUCUUCGUGUUGACCCUAAUUCACGAUGUGCAGCAUUACUUCUGCCUCAAGACGCGCUAGCCGUCCUACCCUUCCACCAACAUGAAGAGCUCAUACAUCCCACGCAGGGAGAUCAGAUGGAUGUCGACGGUGAAGGGAAUAAUCGCUCGGACAUACCCUAUUUUCCCUCCUACAUCCUCGACCUUCCUCAAUCUGUCUCUUCAUCUAUACACAACAUUAUCGAUUUUGUCUUUUUGCCUGGUUUUCAUAACCCCACCAUCGCUGUCCUGUUCAAUGAACGGCCGACUUGGACAGGCAGACUCGAAGAAGCUAAAGAUACCUGUGGAUUAAUCAUAUUUUCCAUGUCCAAUUCUUUUUCGUCUUGGGGUGGCAUAAGCUCCACCUUCACUGUGAUCACAAACAUUCCCAACUUGCCAUACGACGCUUAUGCGCUUGUUCCAUGCAUAUCCGGUGUUGCAGGACUGGUAAUUCUUACAUCGAACAGCAUCGUUUACGUCGACCAGGCAACAAAGAAACUCAUGUUGCCGGUCAAUGGCUGGGCAACGCGUGUCUCUGAUAUCGCUGCGGUCAAUGUUACCGAUGUAGCUCAAACGCGAGAUCUUGCACUUGAAGGUUCCCGCGCAGCGUUCAUCUCUGAGACCACUCUCCUUCUAAUUCUGGCUCGCGGUGAUGCCUACACGGUCACGUUGGCAAUGGACGGGAAAGCAGUUUCGGGAUUGUCAAUUUCGGACAAACCUAUGGUAAAAACUACGAUUCCGAGCCUAGCCAUGAGCGUCACUGCAUCAUCACCGCAUGCUGGUCGUGAUGUGGAUGCUCAUACCAUUCCUUUCAUAUUUGUAGGAAGUACACAGGGACCCUCUGUGCUGCUUAAGACAAACAUGGUAGAGUCAGAGGAGGACGACACCGAUAGGGAAGUAGACAACGGUAACGACGUGCGCGCGCCUGCAGGAGAAGACGAUGAUAUGUACGAUGAUGAUGCAGACAUCUACGGUCCUUCUCAUACCUCUGCUCCUGAUCCAAAGAGGGAAGAAGUUCGGCAGAGAGACGAAAAACGGCGGAAGCUCAAACUCCAGUUGCUGUUAGCAGACUAUCUACCUUCUUACGGGAGCAUCAAUGAUAUGGCGUUUGGGUUGACAAAGAAUGGAGACAAACCAACCCCAAUUUUGAUAACAGCCACGUCGACAUACCAACAUGGUGGAUUCACCCUUUUCCAGCGGGAUCUUCCGGUGAAGGUUACGAAGAAGAGGAUGCAUAUACUUGGUGGAACAAAGGGUCUGUGGAGUUUUGCUUUGCAGAAGAAGGUAGAGAAGGGGAGCGGGACUGGUCAUCAUAAUGGUACCGGAAAUAGUAAUGGAGGAGAAAGGGAUACGAAGGAUGUAAUGAUGAUAAUCAGCACGGACGCAAACCCUAGUCCUGGAUUCAGUAGAAUAACCAUCCCCCCACCCUCGUCUACUACACCCUCUACACCCUCCAUAGUGAACAUAUCCAAUAAUGAUAUCACUGCCCGCAUUCAAGGUACCAGCAUUGGUGCAGGUCCGUUUUUUGGUGGUGUGGUGGUAUUACAGGUCAUGACAGGAAGUAUAAGGGUUUUGGAGACUGACGGCACUGAACGUCAAGUGAUCAAAGACGUAGAAUCCAGCUCUUCUUCCACUGUUUCUACUCCCCGAGCGAGAAUACGUGCAUGUUCGAUUUCGGACCCGUAUGUGUUGAUUUUAAGAGAGGAUGAUACCAUGGGUCUCUUUAUCGGUGAAGUAAGCAAAGGAAAACUAAGGAGGAAAGAUAUGAGUAUGUUGGGCGGAAAAACAUCAAAAUAUCUAACCGGCUGCUUCUUCACCGACCAUACAGGAAUGCUGGAGAAGAACGUAUUCUCGCCAAACCCGAAAGUAGACCUCGGUCAACGCUCUUCCGAUGGUCUAAAUAAUCAGUGGUUACUCCUAGUCCGACCCCAAGGUGUCCUGGAAUUAUGGUCUUUGCCAAAGAUGACAUUGGCGUUCUCAGUUGCAAUCCCGUUUGCGACUCUGGAGAAUGUGCUGAUGGAUUCAGGUGAAGGGGUGGCAUCUUCUAUCCCUGUGCCUGCUGCGACAACAGUAACGAGCGCAACUUCCCCUUCUGCCCCGCCUGUCCCUCCAACGGCUCCGGCCAUGCUUCGAAGUCAAUCUCAAACGCAAGAUGUAACUAUGACCCCGGUUGAGUCUGAUGCGGGGGAUGCUGGAGCAGCGAUGCAGAAUAAAGAGAAACCGGAAUCAAUGAAUCAAACGAAGGAGACUGACGGAAGAGAUACUGGUGCUAUUGAACAAGUUCUUCUUGCUCCGUUGGGCGAGACCAGACCAGAACUGCAUUUGUUUGUGCUCCUUCGUUCUGGACAAUUGGCCAUAUAUCAAGCUAUCCCUGCUCCUGCUCCACCGUUGCAUUCCACUGCUGUGGAAGCACUGAACGGUGUAGAACCGACUUCGCCUACCAUUGCGGCAACACCAUCCACUCUAAACUCAAGACUUGUCCGCCUCCGCAUCGCUUUCGUUAAAGUACUGUCAAAGACAUUUGAACUCCAAAACUCAAAUAUUGCCGGCGCCGGUAAUGGGCCGGGCGGAGUUGGCAGUAUGGGGAGUGCAAGUGGUAGUGCAUUGACAGACCAAAAGAAAUUCACGAGGAUGUUCUUACCAUUUGUGACACCGAAUGUGUCAUCUUCGUUAACAAUUCCUCAAAACAAACAGAAGAAGGGCACAACUACGUAUUCGGGGGUUUUCUUCACUGGCGAAAAUCCUUCUUGGAUCAUCUCCACCGACCGCGGUGGUGUGCACCUAUACCCUUCCGGACACGCAGUUGUACAUGCGUUUACAGCGUGUCCGGUACUGGCCUCCAGGGAUCCACGAAUAGGAGGAGAAUUUUUAAUCUAUAGUGACGAGGGACCUACCUUGCUUGAAUGGAUCCCGGACUUUGGAUUGGACUUUCCUCUACCCAUGCGCUCUGUGCCUCGGGGCAGGGCGUACUCGAGCGUCGUCUUUGACUCGUCGACUUCUCUUGUCGUUGCUGCGGCAGUGUUAGAGGCUCGCUUUGCCAGCUUUGACGAGGAUAAUAAUAGAAUCUGGACCCCCGACGCAUCGAAUAUUUCGGACCCCACCACGGAAUGCUCUGCUUUGGAACUCAUCUCCCCGGAUUUGUGGGUUUCCAUGGAUGGAUACGAAUUUGCCACCAAUGAAGUUGUCAAUGCCGUCGCAUGUGUCACUCUUGAAACUUCAAGCACAGAGACAGGAUCCAAGGAAUUCAUCGCUGUGGGGACAACCAUAAAUCGUGGGGAAGAUUUGGCUGCGAAGGGCGCGACGUACAUUUUCGAAAUCGUUGAAGUUGUCGCUGACCCGAUGUUGGCUCCUAAUCGAUGGUAUAAACUCCGACUCAGGUGCAGAGACGAUGCAAAGGGACCGGUGACGGCAGUCUGCGGGCUAAACGGAUAUCUAGUGUCUUCCAUGGGACAGAAGAUCUUCGUUCGUGCAUUUGAUUCGGACGAACGUUUGGUGGGUGUAGCAUUCAUGGACGUUGGCGUAUAUGUCACUUCGCUUCGAACCAUCAAGAACUUGUUGUUAGUGGGUGACGCGGUGAAGAGCGUAUCAUUUGUGGCAUUCCAGGAAGACCCUUAUAAACUUGUUCUUCUUGCUAAAGAUAAGCGGCACCUCUGUGUCAUUACCGCAGAUUUUUUCUUCGCUGAAAACGAGAUGACGAUCUUUACGCACGACGAGGAGGGAAUUCUGAGAUUGUAUGACUACAAUCCGCAUGACCCCGAAUCCGGAGAUGGCCGACACCUCCUCAUGCGCUCGGAGUUCAACAGCCAAGCAGAAUACCGCACGACGGCGCUCAUUGCACGACGGACGAGCACAGAUACUGUCAUCCCGCAAGCUAAGUUGUUAUACGGUGCGACGAAUGGAUCAAUUGCAACCAUCACUCCGGUCGAAGAGUCUGCCGCGAAACGAUUGCAGUUAUUGCAAGGACAAUUGACCAGAAAUAUACAACAUGUCGCAGGACUCAAUCCGAGGGCGUUACGUAUCGUCCGGAACGACUACGUUUCCAAACCUCUCUCGAAGGGUGUUCUAGAUGCUAAUCUGCUGGUACAUUUCGAGAGUUCGUCGAUAACAAGGCAGAGAGAGAUGACGAAGCAGAUUGGAACGGAGAUAGGGAUCGUGAGGCGGGACUGGAUGGCGUUGGAUGGGCCGUGGUGACUGGUAAUAAAAGACUACACGGUGUUUUGCUACGAUUGAUAAAAUAUACCGUACUUAAAUUUGAUCCCAAUGCAUGGUACAUUAUUCCUACCAUACUGUAGUAAUCAUUGACCUGAUUUGUGAAUCUUCGAAGGCUCAAUAGCACGAAGAACGUGGU